CAUAUUUCCCAUUUUCUGGGCACUACCAUAAUUAAACCACCAGUACAAAAUUUCAUUUUCUCCCUCCAAAGUCCAAAGUCUAACCCUUUCACCUUCAUCUCUCAAAACUGCUCCUUUACCAGAAAAAACCCUAUUUUUCUGACAUACUAGUCUCAAAUCUUUCUAUUUGUGGAACUAUUGUUUGAACCAACAUUUUUGUAAAUCUUAAUUUAAACCCUGUAUUUAUAAUCUUCACAUAAAAAUCACUCCUUUUUUGUUCUUUAUAUCUCUUGUUGUCGAGCUCUGAUAUAAGGGCAUCAAAGAUUUCACCUUGAACCACUAGAAUUUUAUUUUUGUAAUUUUUUUCGUCUGUAAUCUGUAACAUAUAUUUGAAUUUUCUGUAUUGGCAUUCAAUCGGGUAACUAUAAUAAUAAUAGGGUUUAUUUGUACCCAAGUAUAAUUGAAUGUUGAAUUUUAUUGGGUUAAUUUGUAUGCUUUUUCUUGGUAAUUUUAAAUGCAUUUCAGGGAAUUAAAUUCUGGGUUUCGAUCAUAUUGGGAUGGAUGAUUCUGUUGCAGCUUCUGCCGAUGAUCAGGGCUCAGGAUGGUUUGAAGUGAAAAAGAAACACAGAAGCAGCUCAAAGUUCUCUAUUCAAAAUUGGGUAGGGGGUUUUUCAAGGCAGCAAGUAAAUGGAAAAGGUUGGAGUUCUAGCAGUAAGCAUCGCUCCAAUGUAUCGAGACCAGGGAAAGAUUCUGUUCAGAGGGGUGUAUCAAGUCAAUCUUCGUCCUCCAAGGAGCACGAAAAAGAUGAGUGCUGCCUUGAUAAGUGUGUUGUUGGUGAUGAUAAUGGGCGUCCAAAGACACCACCUUUAAAGAUCAUAAUGACUACAAGCUCUCAAAAUUCCUCCACUGCAAAUGAAAAUGUCUCUGAGAAGAAGCCUGACAUGGUUCAUAAAAUCAAGUGGGGUGACCUAGAGGAUGAUGCAAUUUCUUCAGAAUGUGGAACUGCUGCUGUUUCUGAACUCAGAUUUGGCGAAAUUGGAGAUGAUGAUUUAGCAAUGUGUGGUACUUCCAGGAAUAUUUGUGAUUUGAUUGCUUGCAAUUUAUCAAAGGACUGCCCUUUAGUUGAUAACAAUACUAUUGAAGUUUCAGAGGCAACUAGUGAUGUAUGCCAUAGUAUACCGUCGCUUCCGAAUGAUGGGCCCCUAGAGGAAGACUGUAAAGAGGUCACUAGUGAUGUAUGUCAAAGUAUGCCGUCUCUUCCAAAUGAUGGACCCCUUGAGGAAAACUGUAAAGAGGUGAAUGAAGUAGCUUCAAUUGAUUUGGGAUUGCUUUCAGCAACUGAAAACAUAGUUCAUGCAAAAUAUAGUGGUUUGGACCCUGUGGAACCAGCAAGUGAUGGUGUUGGUGAAGACUCUGUACAUGCAUGUGGACCAUCGAAAGAUGUGUUUCAGUGUUCAUCGACAGAGAAGCCUACAGAAAUAGUUGAUUCGUCAGCACCCAUUCUCACUCUUGGUGUAUGUGAGAUUGGUUUAUCUGCUUUGAAAGAUAUUGAUGAUGAGAAUGAAAAUGGAAUGAUUAUUGCUCAAGAUAUAGAGCUUGCUUCAUCUGUUCAGAGUCUACCAGAAGCUCCUGGGAAUUGCAAUGCAGUAGCCAUACCUGCUGGUUGCAGUAGUGAGUUACCUAAUAAUUUAGCCACAGAUAGCUCAUUGAAUACACCUACAAGUACUGUUAGACAACCUGAAGGCAGUGAAAGCAAAGAAAGGUUUAGAGAGCGGCUUUGGUGUUUCCUGUUUGAGAAUCUUAAUAGGGCUAUAGAUGAGUUGUACCUUCUAUGUGAGCUAGAAUGUGAUUUGGGGCAGGUGAAAGAGGCAAUUCUUGUUCUCCAAGAAGCUGAGUCCGAUUUCAGAGAUCUUAACAUUAGGGUGGAGGAGUUUGAAACUAUGAAGAAUUCAUGCCUAUCAUCAAGUGAUGCAGUGAUGAGUAUCAAAGGCGACCACAGAAGGCCUCAUGCACUUUCGUGGGAGGUUCGUAGAAUGACUACCUCGCCUCAUAGAGCAGAAAUAUUGUCUUCAUCCCUUGAGGCCUUCAAGAAAAUCCAAGAGGAGAGGGCAAAAGAGCGUGUUUCUGGUGAAGUUAGUAAAGGCCAUAGUGGUCUUCCUACUAUGGAUGAGCAUAAAAGGGAAAAUGCCCCCAAUACUUCUGAAUUGGAUACCAAAUCAAGGAGGAAGAGUGGAAUUUCAGAUGCUGCCCGUGUAAAUGUUAGCAGGGAAAGGAGAAGCACAGAAACAAGCAGGUCUAGCAAAACCUCUGUACAAAAUAGUCGUGUUGCUUCUGUGUCUUCUGCUUCUGAUCCUAUAACUACUAAGUUACCCGUUAGAGGUAGAUCUGCCUCCUUUCUAGGUGGAAAAGGCAAGAAAGAACAACUAGUACCUUUGGCUGAAGUGGAGAAGCUUUCUGAAAGUGAAGUUCUUAAACGAUAUAAUGUUACUGGUGAUAAAGAGAAGGAGAAGGAUAAGAGUAAUUCACAACCAUGGAAGCCAGUUGAUGCUUGGAAAGAGAAAAGGAAUUGGGAGGAAAUACUGGCUCCUUCACGCCGUCUUUCUUCCCGUGUUUCACAUUCACCUUGCAUGAGUAGGAGAAGUGCUGAACGUACACGAGUUUUGCAUGAUAAGUUAAUGUCCCCUGAAAAGAAAAAGAAGACUGCUGUGGACUUGAAAAAAGAGGCAGAAGAGAAGCAUGCACGUGCUAUGAGAAUUCGAGGUGAGUUGGAGAAUGAGAGAGUCCAAAAACUUCAGCGUACAUCUGAGAAGCUAAAUCGUGUGAGUGAGUGGCAUGCUGUUCGCAGCAUGAAAUUACGGGAAGGCAUGUAUGCUCGUCAUCAACGUAGUGAAUCUCGGCAUGAAGCUCAUAUAGCCCAAGUUGUGAAGAGAGCUGGUGAUGAGAGUAUCAAAGUAAAUGAGGUGCGCUUUAUAACUUCAUUGAAUGAGGAAAACAAAAAGUUUCUCUUACGCCAGAAACUUCAGGAUUCAGAAAUGAGGAGGGCUGAAAAGUUCCAGGUAAUGAAAACUAAGCAGAAAGAAGAUAUGGCUAGAGAAGAGGCUGUCAUUGAGCGUAGAAAACUCAUUGAAGCAGAAAAGUUACAGCGCCUUGCUGAAACACAACGGAGAAAAGAAGAGGCUCAACUGAGGAGAGAAGAGGAAAGGAAAGCAUCAAGCGCUGCCAGGGAGGCAAGGACCAUGGAACAAAUUCGACGGAAGGAAGAGAGGGCCAAAGCACAACAAGAAGAAGCUGAACUACUUGCACAGCGAUUGGCUGAAAGACUCAGUGAAAGCGACCAGCGUCGCAAGGUAUACCUUGAGCAGAUACGAGAGAGAGCGUCAAUGGAUUUUCGAGAUCAAUCGUCGCCCUUGAUGCGUCGUUCAGUAAUUAAGGAGGGUCAAGGGAGGUCUACACCACCCUGUAACAGUGAUAAUAGUCAAACAAAUAAUCCUUCAGCUGAUGGAGUGUCCAAUCUUGUGAAUAAUGGCAUGAGGAUGCAGCAGUCUUUAAAGCGAAGGAUAAAGAAAAUUAGGCAGAAGCUUAUGGCUUUGAAGCAUGAUCUUCCUGAAACUUCUGCUGCUGAAAAUAUUGGUAUUGGCUAUAGAACAUCUGUGGCAACUGCCAGGGCCAAAAUCGGGAGAUGGGUCCAAGAUUUGCAAAAACUUCGGCAAGAAAGGAAGGAAGGAGCAGCAAGUAUAGGUCUAAUAACUGCUGAAAUGAUAAAGUAUUUGGAAGGAAAGGAACUUGAACUACAAGCUUCUCGCCAGGCCGGUCUGCUUGAUUUCAUCUCUUCUGCCUUGCCUGCAUCUCACAUAUCAAAGCCUGAAGCUUGCCAAGUUACAAUAUACCUUCUGAGACUUCUAAAAGUAGUGCUUUUCAUGCCUACAAAUUGUAGUUAUUUUCUGUCCCAGAACCUUUUACCCCCUCUUAUUCCAAUGUUGUCUGCUGCUCUUGAGAGUUACAUUAAAAUCACAGCAUCAUUAAAUAGUCCUGGUAGCACUAGUUCACAGCAGAGUAAAACUUCCUCUGUAAAUUUUGAUUCAAUCUCUGAAGUACUAGAUGGUUUCUUGUGGACUGCAACGAUGAUUAUCGGCCAUCCUACCUUCGAGGAACGCCAAUGUCAAAUGCAGGAUGGCCUCCUAGAGCUCAUUGUUUCCUACCAAAUUAUCCACCGACUACGAGAUCUUUUUGCACUGUAUGACAGACCCCCUGUGGAAGGGUCACCAUUUCCAGCAUCCAUUCUGCUGAGUAUAAAACUCUUGGUGGUUUUGACAUCUAGACCAUGCGCUGUUUUUCCCAUUGAUUGGGAAUGUUAUCCAGUGGUGUUGAUGCCUGAAAAUGAAGUAGAAGUAUCAAACAUCGUGAAGAACAUUAACUCUGGUUGCCUGGUUGCUCCUGAUUUUCAGAAUGGACUGAGGUUGUCCUCGUCAGUUGCAAAUUGUGACUUGUCGAAACUUUCUUGUGUACACAAGAAUGGGCAAUGUGGUGAAUCACAGAAAGAAAAGCUUUCUAAUGACUCCUUGUUCUCUGGAAUGAUUGGUGAAAAAGAGGUAGGGACUAAUCUUAUUGAGUUGACCAGCAGCAAUACAGGAUCAGAUUUUGAACAUCUUGACUCACAGAAAGAUCCAGAAAUGCAUGUUUCUAAGUCUAAUUUUUCUCAGAAGGAUGUGAAAAAUGCUGCAUGUACUAAUUUAGGAAAAAAGGACAGGGAGCAAGUGAAUGUGAAACAACCACACACAUUUCUUCUUUCUGCUAUAUCUGAAACCGGCUUAGUCUGUCUUCCAUCAUUGUUAACAGCUGUACUAUUGCAGGCAAACAAUAGGUUAUCUUCUGAACAGGGCUCAUAUGUUCUCCCCACAAAUUUUGAGGAAGUGGCCACCUGUGUCUUGAAGGUUUUGAACAAUCUGGCUCUCACAGACAUCACUUUUAUGCAGCAAAUGCUAGCCAUGCCAGACCUGAAAAUGGAAUUUUUCCAUAUCAUGGGUUUCCUACUUACUCACUGUACCAAUAACUGGAAAGUUGCAAGUGAUCAGGUGGGUAUGCUGCUACUUGAAUCAUUGAUGCUUCUUGGGUACUUUUCUUUAUUUCACCCUGGAAAUCAAGCAGUCCUUCGAUGGGGAAACACUCCAACAAUCCUUCACAAGGUGUGUGAUUUACCAAUUGCAUUCUUUAGCGAUCCAGAAUUGAUGCCAAUCCUUGCUGGAACUCUGGUUGCGGUCUGUUUUGGUUGCGAACAGAACAAAGGCGUUGUCCAACAGGAGCUCAGUACAGAAAUGAUUCUUUCUCUGGUGAAGUUUUGGAAAAGUAGUUUGCCUUUAGUUAGGUCCAAGUCCCCGACAGGAAAUCCUUCUGUGGAAGAUUCAACUGAGAGUUCUUCGGUAACUCUUGAGCGUAAGAAACUGCAAAGUGAUGCAUCUGUAAAAUCAACCCGUUUUACUACAAGAGGCUCUCGUCUCUCUCUCCCCAAGGGAAAUGUUUCUGGGAGUAGUAAUGGUAGAAAUGGCAAGAUCCGAAAUCCUAGGGAUAGCAGAACGAGUAAAAAUUUGGAAGACACAACUUCAAAGAUUAAAAGUCCGGCUUCAGUAGCUCCCACUGUUCUGCCUUUGUAUUGUAGGUUUCCACCAAGCUUUGUUGAUCGAGCAGAGCAAUUUUUUUCUGAGGAACAUAACAAUGAAGCACCUGCUUAAGUUUAUCUUCAGGUUAUUCUGCUAUUCUGAAUGCAUGGAUCUUAUACUCUUUGAAUGUUUAACAUGAUGAUCAAGAGGCGUCCUGCAUGCUUACAGUUUGAGCACCAUCUUGGAUUCUCACCUCAGUAUUCAAGAGAAAAUCUGAUAUAGAAGAUCAUGUGCAGUCACAAUAACUCAUUGGAUUGAAGCUUUUGUAUGGCCAGCUUGACAGCUUCCCUAUUUUGCAUUUUUAUAUUUAGAGCUUUCCAAAAUGUAAUAUGUGAAUAUCAUUGAUAACCCAUUAAAGCUGGGUGCUAUAAAUGUAGAAAAACAGUACAUAAAGAAAUACAAAGCUUUAGAAACACAAGGGAUACAUUCUGUACUCAUUCUGAAACCUUGCACAAAUGCAAUAAAGUUCUAGCAGAUGCAUUUUUGCAGAACUGAAGAUUAUGCUUAUAGUUUAA